GUCAGGCAAGCCAAAUCUCAAGCCCUGAAAACACGAGCCUGGUCACAGGUGACGUCAGUGCAACAGGCUGUCUUCCUAUGUGCGAGUAUAUAUACCAAGACCAGGAUGCAAAUUAUGAAACUUGACAAGGGGCAUGGCCAACUUCAGAAGUACAAACCCCUGCUUCGCGAGCAGCUCAAAGUCAGCACUGCCGUGGGUGAUCCGAAUGCCUGUGGUCAAUGA